AUUUAAUGUUAAGAAAUUGUGUACGACAAUAUUUCUGUUUAGAUAGAAUGGUUAGCUCUAAAUUACACUUUGUAAAGGAGAAGGAUGCAAAGACAGAUUACGUCUAUUAUGAAUAAAAAACUGUUUUCUCCAAAGAAAAGGGAAAUAAGAAAUAUAAAUUAUUGGAUGUCAAAGUCCCUGAUAUCAAUGCUAAAAAGACUUAAUUCUAUGUUUUUGAUAAAAAUACUGUUCCAGUCCCAAGGUAAUUUUAUCACUAUCCUCUAGAUAAGUGUACACAGCUCCAUUGAGAAAAUAUGUUAAAUAGAAGCUCUAAAGAGAUGAAUUUGUUCGAUACAAAAAGACCUAGACUACAAUUCAAGAAUAAUAAGAGGAAUAAGUAGAUGAAUUAUGGGGUGAAAAUCCUCCUGUUAGAUAUUUUGAAAGAUUAGUGGCUAAGGAUUUAUUUUUUAAUUACAGAAGCCCACGAUUUGCUGAAUAUAACAACAGAAAAAAUGAUUUCCUCUCAAAUCCCUCUGUUCAUAGUGAAGUGAAGAAUAUCAUCUAAGAAAUUAAGUAGGCCUCGACUCUCUAACUAUCAAGAAGUAAUUCUGGUCUCUAAUUUUAGUUUAUCAUCCAAAUUAUUUCAUUGAAGACCACUAUAAAAAAUUGCCUGAUCUUUUUACUAAGCUCAAGGAAGCAGUCAGUUAGGCAAACUUUAAGGAAAUCCCUAAAAUUGCUUGGAUGUUACAAAAUUAAUUGUUAUAUAAGGAAGAUAUCUAUAAGAUCUGGGAAGUCAUUGAAAAUAUUGUUAAACCAUAAAUACAUCACUACUCUAUUGAUGAAUUGAUUUUAUUGAAAAGAGGAUUAGCAACAACAUAUCCAAAGGCUGGAAGUUAUGAAUUACACAACUUAAUUUAUAAUUUAGUCUCAUAAGAAAAGUUGAGUGUUGAUUAAACAAUUGAAGCACUUUAUGCGUUUAGAACAUUUAAUCAUGAUAAAUAUGCUAAGGUCUUAAUAGAAAAUUUAAUCAAAUUAUUACCUGAAUAUAAAGAUAACCAUUCAAAAUUGGCUUAAGCUUUCUAUUCAAUUGCUAAUAAUUUGCCAAAAAAACAUUUAAGAACAUAGUCUUUUGAUGUUACAGCAAAUGAUAAAUAUAGAUUAAGUGUUAUGAAUGCUUUUGUUGGCCCAUUAAAAGAAGGAAAAUAUAAUAUGGAUGACAUAACAAGGAUUCUGCUAGGUAUUUCUAUCUUAAAAGUACCAAGUAUUUUAUUUCAACUUAUAAAGAUUUUAAUGAUUUAAUAUUUUUACUAGAAAAUUAAUUACAAGAACCUGAUGAAUAUUAAUUAGCUCAUAUUCUAUAUGCUCUCUCAAAAGGAAACAAUGGAAUACAAUCAGGAACAAAUGAAACUUACAAAUAUUUAGAAUAAUUUGUCUUAAAGUACUUUGACCAAUAUGAAAACUUAGAAAAAUCGAGAGUAAUAAUAUUUUUAUUAUUUACAAGAUUUACUAUGCAUACUCAGCCAUUCAUUCUGAGCUUGCCCAAAACCCUAUCUUCUUAAAUUGGAUCAAAGAGAAUAUGUUAAAAUUUUCAUUCUCAGAAUUGUAAAAUGUUGUCUAUGGACUCAUGUUUAAUUAAGUAAAUGAUUAAGAAAUAUGGUCUAAUUUCUUAAAAAACGUUGCAACAAAAAGUGAAUAUGUCCCUUUAGCUAAUUAUUUCGCUCUAAAAUAAGCUAAGUUCUAUAUUACACAAUUCUUUCCUCAUUGGAAUUUAAAACCAUUUGAAGAAGCCUGCUAAAAUGCUGAAAAUAUGUUCUUAGCUAAUAGGACUGAAAGAUAACAUUUAGACUAACAAAUUAUAGAUUUUUAGAUUGUAAUUAACUAUUUAAUUUAUUUAGGAUCUCAACACUCAUUUAUAAUAUGAUUGGAAAACCUAUUAUAAUUGGAAUAACACCUACUUUUUCAAUAUUACACUUCCAGAUCAUAGAAUAGCUAUUACAUUAAAUACACCACGAACAACAAUUAAUGGAAAACCAAGAGCUCAAUUGCAAUUACAAUAAUAAGUAAUGGCUACACAAGAUUGGAAAUUGUUGAUUUUUGAUUAGACAGAACUUUUUUCAAUGAAAACUAAGGAGAGAGCUGCAUUCUACAAAAAAACAAUUGAUGAAGCCAUUGAAUCAUAGAAAGAUAAGAUGAAAGCUUGGGAAGAAGAGAGAAGAGAUUAAAUCUAUGAAUAAUUAUUAAUCCAAGCUGAAAAUGGCAUAACUCCAGGAAAAAGAUUCGUCAAAAGAGAAGAUCUUAAAGGUCUUUCAAGAUUCCCUGUUUGAUAAAAUGAUGC